UCACCGACAUUUAGUUUAGUACCGUUUUUGGCUGCAGUCGCACUACGGACAGUUUAUUCUAAUUGUGUGCUACCAUCCCAUAUAUACAUCCAAACAUACCAAUAUUACUGCUAAAGCUAACGAUAUUAACUACACAUAUUAAAUGCUAUUAUACACGGGCCGAGCAAAGCCAUUUUAAAUGCGGUUUACUGCUCCAUCAUACACACAAAACACAUGAAAAAUUCAAUUAUAACCAAUUGAAAUCGUAAUCGAGUCCAAAAUAAACUAAAUUAUAUGGUUAUCAACGUUUGAAAUCAAAAUAUAAUAACUAUUUUCUAUGAAAAUCGAGUGUUUCCGAGAAUCGGGAAAGUUAAUAAUUCAAUUAAUGUUAACGCCAAAUAAAUAAUCCGACAAGAAAACGUAAGCGCAUGCAACAAGUUAAAUCCAGCCGACAGUUGUAAGCCAAGUUAGAUCCGUACACACAGAUACACCCCAAAUACCAACACCAAUUCGAAUGAAUGCCCGGUACACCCAUACAAACGCAAAAACACCAACACACCCAAGCAGACUAUAACAAUGUCAAGUGAAAACAUUCUCUGGAAGCAACAGGUUUCCCCUUAAUAAGUGUUAUAAAGAAGCAACCAACAGUCAUCACCCAGAACUGUUCGUUUCCGAAAAGAGCAGAAAGAGAGGUAGAAAAGAGAGUACGUCGAGGAGUAAGCAGAUAAAGUAUAUUAAGGCGAGAACGAGAGAGGCCCGGCCCGUAAAUCACAUGAAAAUAAUAGUAUAAGCUAAAAAAUAUAAAAGAAGACAGUUCUUAAGUGGGUUAAAAUAGUGUGACUGCAACCAAGUGGAACCGAAUCAAACCAAAACCAUCCCCGAACCGCAAGAUCAACUAAAAGAGUUCUUAGAGCGUCUAAAAAGCGCCAAUCUCACAGAACCAUGGAAUUCUACGAUGGCGACCUCAAAGAUAUAUGGGACUCCGACUUAGAUCCGGAAUCCUUGAAAAUCAGCCCCGAUCACGAUAUGCACGACUGGCUGUUCGAUCGCGACGUCAAAGAUCCCACCGUCAUACUCAACGACAAGCUCAUCUCGGAUGCCCUGCUCAAUGGCACACAGCCGAUCAAAACGGAGCACUCCUACAGCCUCAGCAGCGACGUUGACUCCCUGCCCGAUUCACCAAAAAGCCUGCAGGCCAAGAUGGAGGACAUGGACGACGAGUGCUUUCCCGCCAUUUCACUGAAGACGGCCACCAGCGGGCGCGUGACCAUCGACCCCAAGUGCCUGACCCUCCACGUCCCGCCCACGCAUGCCACGCCCAUCAGCCGCCUGAGCAGCAAUCCCGCCCUGAACUCCUCCGUCGCGGAUGUGACGCGAUCCUCCGGCCUGCAGAGCCUGCAUGCGCAGCAUCCCCACCACGGAUCCGGAGCAAACCACCUGGUGGUUGCCAAUCUGGAGCACUUUCAACUACCUCAGCACCUGUACGACAACGACUGCAGCUCCUCGGUGUCGUCGAUGCGGGACGGCAGCAUGUCCCCGGACAUUUGCUCCGACAUCGAGAUCGACGAGUCGGCCAUCAAGGAUGAGCCCAUGUCGCCGGACUCCAGCUGCCCUGCCAGUCCCACAUCCCAAGCGAGCAGCUCGCAGCACCAGCUCAGCCUUAAUCUGGCACACCUACAAUCGGAGAUGCUGUUCGAGCCGAGGCACGGUGGCCUCCUGCUGACCGCCAGUAGCAACAGCAACAACAGCUUAAUCAAGUCCCAGCAGCGCCAGCAGCAGCUCCUCGGCCAGGGCGAUCUGCUGAUGGCCAAGAUGGAGAUCAAGAGCGAGAAACAGAACACCAGCAACAGUAGCAGCAGCAGCAGCAUCAGCAGCAGCACCAGCUCCGGCAAAUCGCAUGCCCACGGCUAUGGAAUCCCGCUGACGCCACCCUCAUCCCUGCCCAGCGACGAUUCCGAAGGUAACUUGACACCGGAACACUUGUUUUCGCCCCUGUCGCCCAACGCUUCCGUUUCUAUCUCCGUGGCCAAUGCAGCCGGCGGAGAGUCAUCGUCAUCCGUACGGGUCAGCCGCACUGCUGCCGGCAUCACGCGCUCGUCCACCGGAUCCGGAUCGGGAUCGGGAUCGAGCUCCAGUUCCAGCACAACGGCCACCACGACACGGCAGCCGAUCCACACGCCGCUGAUUAGCUCGCAGCCGAAGGGCUCUACUGGCACGCUGUCGCUGACGGAGGAGGAGAAACGCACUUUGCUGGCCGAAGGCUAUCCUAUCCCUCAGAAACUUCCCCUAACCAAAGCAGAGGAGAAAUCGCUCAAGAAGAUUCGUCGCAAAAUCAAGAAUAAAAUCUCUGCUCAGGAAAGUCGCCGCAAGAAGAAGGAGUACAUGGAUCAGCUGGAGAGGCGCGUGGAGAUUCUGGUCACCGAGAACCACGACUAUAAGAAGCGCCUCGAGGGGCUGGAGGAGACCAAUGCCAAUCUACUUAGUCAGCUGCACAAACUGCAGGCCCUAGUUAGCAAGCACAAUGUGAAAAAGUCCUAAGUCCCGGCCCAAAGCCCCCGAAAUCGUGGGGUUCUGGAUCCCGGAACCGUUUCUUGUUUGCCCGCCUUCCCGAGUUAUUUGUAGUUCUAUCUAUGUUGUAGUAUGUCUUCAGUCCUUUGUUUCGAUUUACAAUCAGUCUGGGAGUUUUUCAAGAAUUUAUACGAUGAUGAGGAAAUUUGAUGAAUUUUUUUUUUGAUCGGCUUUUGGCUAGCACAAAGCGGUAAACAUUCCCCUCCUGAUCCUGCUCCUGCUCCACCGCACCGUAUAUUCCACAAGGCCUAGCUGCCUAGAUGCCCAUAACCAAUACCGUAUAAUUAAUGUAUAUGUAAUCCUAGCUACUUGUAGGACCUAUAUUAUAUAGCUAUGUAUAUUAGUCAUGCAUUCCUGUUAUAUAAACUUGAUCUAGAGCUUAGGCAAAACGACCAGCUGCAACUACAACCACAAUUACAAUUACAAUUACAAUUACAAUUACGAUUACACUUACAACUACAAUCGAGAAGCUCAAAAGCAGAAGCCAAUCUAGAAAGCGUCUAAAAAGAAGCUAAAUAAUAAUAUUGUAAUGAAACGAAAUCAACAGACCAAAAACAAAAACAUAAAAAAAACAGCAAAGUAAUGAAAAGGUUAACCACAACAAAAAAUAGCAGAUCGCGAGUGGGCUCUAACAACACAUCAAAUCCAGACUGGAGUUGAUCGAAGAGCGGCGACAUGUACAUUAUGUUUUAAUAAUGAUUGAAUGAAUGAACGAAAGACUCCCGGAGCCCAAAAUCUCUGUGCUGUCUUUGGCAUGACUCUUGUUCCUUUAAACGAUAUUUCUCAAAAACAAACGAGCUGAAACGAAAGAAAAUACCUAAACAAUUCCAUAAUGUGUAGCUAUGUAGAAAGAUUAUAUAACGAACUAUGUCUAUAUGCAGCAUUUAAGUUUCUCUUCGUCAUCUGUUUGCCAGCAGCCGUCAAAAUGGAGUUUCAGUAGAUGGAAAUUAUACGAAUUUACAAGGGUAUCCGAAUCCAUAUCCCCAAUUCGGUUCCGUUCUCCACCUGUCGCGUUGCCUGGGCGAUUUAAACAAUUUCCGAGCCAAUUAUGAAAAUGAUUUAUUGUUUGUUAAGUUUUAUAUUAUAAGACGGCGCUGCACCGACCGAAGGGAUAUAGAGAGCAAAACCCAAUUCAAUCAAAUUUCGCAGCAAUGAUUUUGUUUUUUAUGUUUACACUUUGUGUUUUACGUUCUAGUGCAAUUUUUUGGCAUCCAUAUAUUUAUACAGAUAUUUUUGUAUUCUUUCCGCAGCGUUCUGAAUGAGUCAAUCUAGUUUAAAUUAGUUGAAUUUAUAUAAACAAAAUUACUUAAAGAACAUUUUAUGAGUAACUCGAUGAUUUCUUAUCAAAUCGAUAAUAUCUAUACGAAAUAAUUUAGCUAUUUUAAUGUAUGUUUGUGCAUGUGUGUAUAAAUCAAGCGGACGAAGUUGUGCAAUUGUUAGUAAAAUUUUAAAAGAAAGAUAUUUAGAGAAAAUACAAAAACGAAAAAUCGAAGUUAAAAGAUGAAAAGCUCGUGCAAUGACAAAACUAUUUUAUUAUAAAAUGCGUUAAACAAAUUUAAAAAAAAAAUGAGAAAUACAUUAUGAUAUAUUUAUAUAUACAAGUAUAAAUAAUGUACGACUAUAUACUAUUUUUUGGCUAUAGCAUUUUAAACGCAUAUAUUGUAUGUUUAACGUUGAAAAGGAAAAAAAAACAAAACCAGAAAAUACAUCCAAAAAAAUUGUAAAACUUUUAUGAUUGGUUGCUGUAAUUUGGCAAAAGUAAAAGUGCAAUUCCAAAUAAAAUUCAUACAACCAUAACAACAGCA